UGUCAAUCAAUGCCACCUGUCAGUGCCCAUCAAUGCCACCUAUCAGUACCAGUCAGUGCCACCUAUCAGUGCCAGUCAGUGCUGCCUAUGAGUGUGCCAAUCAGUGCCACCUAUCCGUGCCAGUCAGUUCUGCCUAUCAGUGCCCAUUAGUGCCACCUAUCAGUGCUGCGUAUCAGUGCCAUCAGUGCCUCCUCAUUAGUGCCCAUCAGUGCCACCUGUCAGUGCCCAUCAGUGCAGCCUCAUUAGUGCACAUCAAUGAAGGAGAAAAAUUACUCAUUUACAAAAUUUUAGAACAGAAACUAAGAAAAAACUUUUUUUAAAAACAAUUUUCAGUUGUUUUUGGUUUGUUUAGCAAAAAAUAAAAAACCCAGAGGUGAUUAA